AUGGAAUCCGAGCGGCGAGAGCGGGCAUACCGCUUUGUCGCCUACUCGGCUGUCAGUUUUUCAUUGGUAGCCAUCGUAGCUGUAUUCAUAACUCUACCUAUGGUUAACAAUUACAUUAACUCUGUCCAUCUUCGAGUUCAAACCGAAAUGGAAUUCUGCAAGCUUUCGGCUCGGGACGUCAUGAUGGAGAUGACUGAAUUCCGAUCUGUAUCCAGAUCAGCUGUUCCAAGCUUCUUGAAACAAAAUAAUAGCACUCAAAGACAAAAAAGACAGGCUGGAGGUUGCCAAGGAUGCUGCCUACCAGGAUUACCUGGACCAGACGGACCACCAGGAAAGAAUGGAAUACCAGGUAGACCAGGAGCUCCCGGAGCCCCAGGAUUCCCAGGAAGACCACCAGCAGUCUGCGAAGAAGUUACAGCCCCACCAUGCGUUCCAUGCCCACCAGGAGAGCCCGGUCCAUCCGGUCCAAUGGGAGACUCAGGAUCUCCUGGACAACCAGGACAUCCAGGAAGAAACGGUAAUGACGGACCACCAGGACCUCAAGGACCACCAGGACCACCAGGUUCCGGAGGAGACUUAGGAAGACCAGGACCAAGAGGAGAACAAGGAAGACCAGCGUUCUCAACACCAGCUAUCCCAGGAGAUCCAGGAACUCCAGGAGAGCCAGGACCACCAGGAUUACCAGGAGACCCAGGACAAGAAGGACGAUCUGGAGCUGAUGGACAACCAGGACCACAAGGACCACCAGGACCACCAGGCACAAUGGGACAACCUGGAGAAGUUGGACAAUCAGGACAAGCCGGUCAACCAGGACCCCAAGGAGAAAGAGGAAUUUGCCCCAAGUAUUGCGCUCUCGAUGGAGGAAUUUUCUUCGAAGAUGGUACUCGUCGUUAA